AUAAAUUGGUUGGUUGAUAGACAAGAUUGCAGAGUUGGACUUUGACAUUUUAUUUUAAAUUAAAAAACUCGACACCUGUACUAGUGCAGUUGUACAACUUGUGGCCUUUCUCUUUUGUAUUAUUUAUAAUAAAUAAAAAAUGUCAGAGAAAAGUAGCCCCAUCAAAUAUUUUCUCAGUGGGGGAUUUGGCGGGGUAUGCACUGUCUUAGCGGGACAUCCUAUGGACACAAUUAAAGUAAGAUUACAGACUAUGCCCUUGCCUAAACCAGGCGAAACAGCUCUGUAUGGUGGAACUUGGGAUUGUUUUAAAAAAACUAUUCAAAAAGAGGGUUUCCGUGGCCUCUAUAAAGGAAUGUCAGCACCCUUAACAGGAGUUGCUCCUAUAUUUGCGAUAAGUUUCUUCGGAUUUGGACUUGGUAAAAAGUUAAUUAAGUCUGAUGAAAAUCAGGUUCUUACUAAACCGGAAUUGUUUGCCGCGGGUGCUUUUUCUGGUAUUUUUACUACCUCUAUAAUGGCCCCUGGUGAACGUAUCAAAUGCUUACUUCAAAUCCAGCAGGGAGGGAAUGUACCACAGAAGUAUAGUGGCAUGCUUGACUGUGCCAGACAGUUAUAUGCGGAAGGUGGUAUGAGGAGUAUCUACAAGGGCAGUGUUGCGACUAUCUUAAGAGAUGUGCCUGCCAGUGGCAUGUACUUUAUGACCUACGAGUGGGUAAAGGAAGUACUUGUUCCACAAGAUGCAAAUGCUAAAAUGAAAAUGGUUGCGACAAUUGUUGCAGGGGGAUGUGCAGGUAUAGCUAACUGGCUAGUAGGCAUGCCCGCUGAUGUUUUAAAGAGUAGAUUGCAGACAGCUCCUGAAGGGACAUAUCCUAAUGGUAUGAGGGAUGUUUUCAAACAGCUUAUGGAGAGAGAAGGACCAACAGCACUAUAUAAAGGUGUGACUCCCGUCAUGAUCAGAGCAUUCCCAGCGAAUGCUGCUUGCUUUGUAGGAUUUGAAUUGGCUGUGAAUUUCCUUAACUGGGUAGCUCCCAAUCUCUGAUGACGAAUAAUGGUGUAUUGUAAAUUAUGACGAAUGUAUCAAAUUGUAUUAUAGAAUAUUAGUAAGUUCCCUAAGUAUAAAUAAAACUUUUAUUAUAUAACUGUAAUUACAAAUAAGUGUAAUUCAGCUUACUAUAAUACUUUGUUGGAUGUAUUUAGCUAUUUGCUAAAUAAUCUAUUUACAUGACAACUUUAAUAUGUAACACUAAAAGCUGUACAUCCACAAUUAGAUAGCUAAAAUUAUUUUUUACUCCACAUUUUGUUGCCUUAAAGUUUUUUUUACAUUAUUUUCGGUUUCCUGAUGUUAAGUACAUGAAAAUUUAUAUAUUUUUAUAAGACAUGUAAAUGGAUGCUACCUAUUUUUUUAGAGGAUAAUAUAUACUGCCUUU